CAUUGAUCCAGUGAAACUAGUCAGGAACAGCAACUGCGCCCAUGAUGUCUGUCCGAAUGUCCACGUCGCAUCUGAACAACAAGCCGAACACAUGUGAUUCUUACAAUGAUAUACCUAUCUACGACUCCCCAUUGAUACAACCAACUGGGACCUGAUCGAGUCCACAGGUAUCGUCACUCUUGCACAAAAUGGCUGCACCACCAGAGAUCACCUGCACAAAUCUAUCAGGCAAGUUCGUCAUGAACAAGUCCCUCUCUGAUGACUUUGACCCCGUACUGGCUCUCCAAGGACUCAGUUGGUUCACCCGCAAGGCCAUCAGCCUAGCCACCAUUGUCCUCACCAUCAAAGAAUACACCGAAAGCUCGAUCUACCACAUCGACAUCACCUCAGUGGCUUCUGGCCUCUCCACCACGCAAGAGAAUCGCACACUCGACUGGGCAGAGAGAGACCAUGCCGAUAGAAUCUUUGGCAAAGUCCAAGGGAGAUCCAGGCUCUUCAAGACGGGGGAAUACCAGAUGGAAGGACCUGGGUCGCCAGAGGAUGCCGCAUUCCUGCGAGCUGAGAAACUCAAGGACGGCCAGACAGAUUCGCGGUUCCUGGACAAUGAGCACGUGCAAAGCUGGGUGAAGAAUGUUGAUGGCGGAGACUGGAUCGCAGAACAGGUCUGGGGAUUUGAGGAGGUCAAUGGCGAACGACGAUAUACCAGGCGGGUGAUAGUGUGGAAGAACGGCCAGGAGCAAAGAGCGCGGCUGGUGUACGACUACAAAGGACAGGGCGAAAACAAGGCGGAUGACGAUGAAGACCUCGCGUAUGGGGACGAAUGAAUGAAUAUCACGCAGCCUAAAGAUAUACCUAGGGAGGGAGUGGUCAAAGCAUGGACCGCCGUAAUAUUGUUAGCUUUCCACGAAUAUGCCUCGGGGAGAGUCUGAUUCGUGGCCCAGAGUUGGGGAGUGACUGCAUUGACCAUGAGGCUGAAGAAACCUGAGAGACUUUAGCUCGCUAGGUACGUAGAGUUAACGGACUAAAGAAUUUCCACUGCCGAGA